AUGAAGUCUCUACCGCAGUUUCAAUGCCUUGUAUCGGGAUUGAAUGAGUGGAUGAGGAAAGAGGGGAAAACAACUUACAAAUACUUUGUGGGCAAUGCCAAUGGUUUCUAUGAAUCGAAUGCUGUGUUGAGCAAAUUUAAAAUUCUUGAAUCAUCAUCGGAGCAAAUUGCUGAUGAUCGAUGUAUGGUCGGAUUGAAAAUUGAUCAUCCCCAUGUUCAAUUCCUAUUUCUCACUCAUUUGGAUCAUGUGCAAGAGAAAAAGAGAAUGAAGCAAAUGAAACGAGGAGUGAAAUUCAUGGAAGAAUUUAUGCAAGAGCAUCAUCACCAAGAUGAAAAUCAUGCAUCCUCUCAAGAUGAAGCCAUUGGUAACAUGCCGCCACAACAACAAAAAACUAGUAAUUCUAACACUGCUCAUCCAAACGACAAUACCACAAAUGCAAAUUAUAUUUUAAUGGGAGACUUUAAUUCAAUGAGAGAGGACGAUUAUACGCCCGAGUUCUGGAACAAAAUUGCAAAACAUAGAAUUGAGUGGGGAUGGGAACCUGCCCACACCAUGAUUGCCGAGUAUUUGUUUGAAGGGAAAUAUUCUCAGCAUGAUGAUGACUAUGAUGAGUUUUUUGAUCGUGUUGAGGAUAUUGAAGAAAAGUAUAAACAGAGGAACCAAGUAUCGAAAGUGGACUGUUGGAAAGAAUGUCAUCCACACGAUUUAUUGGACGAUAAUCAAAUUAUUGGCUCUUCGAGGCUCAAUACUAGAAUUGACUAUAUCAUAUGUAAUGAAGAAUUGAAACCCUAUUUGAAAGAGUGCGAUAUUGACGAAGAAGGUGCAACCAUAUCCGAUCAUCUUCCUGUUGCUGCUAUCUUUGAAUUUUGCAAAAGUCAUGACAAUGAAUAA